UGUAUGCCGAGGUAAUCUAAUUCGUUGCGCUACCAUCACAAAACAUUACGUACAUUUGUGUUGGUCGAAAAUAUCUAGUCAUGAGUAAUUCAGAUUUCGGUAUUAUUGCUUUGGAGAUCUAUUUUCCAAAAUUUUAUGUCUCUCAACAUGAUCUUGAAGUAGAGGACAAAUGUGUGGGAAAGUAUACUCAAGGAUUAGGACAAACAUCUCUUGGAUUUUGUUCAAUACAGGAAGAUAUAAAUUCAAUGUGUCUAACUGUUGUGAGCAACCUUAUCAGGCGUACAAAUCUUGACCUGAAAACAAUUGGUUUUCUUGAGGUUGGAACAGAAACGAUUAUAGAUAAAUCAAAGUCUACAAAAACCGUACUAAUGCAAUUAUUCGAAACAGCUGGUAAUUUUGACGUUGAAGGAACGGAUACAAAGAACGCGUGUUUCGGUGGUACCUCUGCUUUGUUCGGUGCGCUUAACUGGCUUGAAUCUAGUUACUGCAAUGGCCGUAUGGCGUUGGUUGUUGCAGCUGAUAUAGCAGUUUAUGGGGAUAAAUCAGCUCGUCCUACCGGUGGUGCGGGGGCUGUAGCAAUUUUACUCGGACCGAAUGCUCCUUUGGUGAUUGACUUUGGUCUACGAGCUGUUUAUAUGAAACAUUGUUAUGAUUUCUACAAGCCAAAUUUAAGCUCUGAAUAUCCUAUCGUUGAUGGUCACUUUAGUAUGCAGUGUUAUCGAGAGGCAUUAGAAAUGUGUUAUAAAUUAUAUCGACACAAAUCAGCUUCUAAAGGUCUCAAUAGUAUAAUAACAACACCUUGGCGAGAUACUUUACCGAAGGUAAACAAUGCAAUAGACUAUAUGUGUUUGCAUGCACCAUUUACUCGUCUUGUACAAAAAGCGAUCGGUUGGUUAGCAAUGAUUGAUAUGCGUACAGAAGGCAUUAUUGCAGAUACAUCAAACGAUUCUGAUGUAUUCUUAUCAUCUUCAAAAGCUGGUCAAUUAUGUCAUAAUAAUCAUCAAAUGACGUCGAAAUCAGAGUAUUUUGAUCAGAUAGACCCAUCUAUUUUUAAUGCUUUAAAAGAUUACCGUUUACUUGAUGAUAAACAUAUUCCAGAUCGCCAGUUGGAUACAAUUUGUUUGAAAGCUACUGAAUCGUUGUACAGGCGUAAAGUAGAUCCUGGACUAAUGUUCGCUAAAAAUAUUGGAAACAUGUAUACUGCUUCUCUAUAUGCAUGUCUUGUUAGUCUUCUUCUUAAUACUUCAAAAGCUGAACUAUUAGGACGUCGUAUACUAAUGUAUUCUUAUGGUUCUGGAAUGGCAUCAGCUAUGUACAGUAUUCUUAUCCAUCCAGAUCGUGAUUUAUCCACGGUUUUGAAUUGUUCACUAGAAUCGUCCAAUGGUUUGUCUCAUAUUCACAAACGUCUAUUUGAUGAGCGAACUCAAGUGACUGUUUCGCAAUUUGAACUAAUGCUUAAAGAACGAGAACUUUCACAUAAUUCAGCUCCAUUUGAACCAACAUUUCGACCUGAAGGACUGUUUCCUGGUUCAUAUUAUUUGAAGAAUGUAGAUGAUCGUUAUCGUAGAUUUUAUGAGAAAUUAUCAGAAGAUUAAAUGGAUUUCACCAUAAUCUUGGUACUCUCUGUCUAUCAAGAUUUAUUUUAAAGAAAAAAAACAAACAAAAAAAGUAGGCCUUAAUGAAACAGUGAUUAUUUCAAUCGAACUCUUAUCAUAUGUAUGUUCAAUUAAAAUGAAAUGUAAUUAGCGCAAUUCUUUAUGAGUUAUUGUUUUGUCGGAACAUCAUUCAUUACUUGUUAAUGAUAUCUUUUUCUUAUUGUUUUGUUUUAAAAGAAUGAAAAUUAAAGAAAUGGGUAAUAAUUCACCAGUUUCUCUCUUCUUUUUUUCUCACAUACUUACAGUGUGUUCUUCGCUUUUCUUCUCAAUUUCGUCUUUUUACUUAAAUAGUCAAAGAGAUUUAGUGUAUUUGUGUUGUUUUCAUGGAUUUUGGUUCGUUUUUUCUGUGUGCAUGUGUUGUAAUGCAUGAAAUGAUGAAAAAGACUGUGUAUAUAUGCCUUAUUUGUAUGUCUUAGUAUUACGAACAAAUCUUUAUUCUCAUUCCAUUUUAGUAUGAAAACCUUUGUUUAUGCAAUAUUUGUAUGGCUUUAAUGAUUUAAUGUUAUUAUCCUUCUGUUAUAAAAUUAAUUAUCUAUCUCUAUGCAUUUAUUUCUUACUGUACACUGAUUAACGUGACAGUGUAUAAAUGACUGUCGAUUAAAAUCUAGUUUAG